AUGAAGUUUGCAGCUUAUCUGCUCCUCCUCACCGCUGCAGUCCACGCAGGCCUGCUGAGAAGGAGACACAUCUGCUCGGAGGACUGUGUUAUUGCUGGGUGCCCCGUGACUCCUCAGUCUUGCCUCUACGGUCAGGUGAAGGACUCGUGCGGCUGCUGCGCCGUGUGCGCGGCCGGGGAGGGGGAGGUCUGCGGGGGGGCGCAGGCUCGUCCAUGCGGUGACGGUCUGCAGUGUGACACCACUCAGGGAGGGCAGGGCAGGAAUCAGGGGUCCUGUGUGUGUGUCUCGGGUGAUCCGGUGUGCGGCAGUGAUGGCAGGACCUACCCAAGCAUCUGCCGCCUGAGCACUGAGAGCAGAAGAGCCCAGCUCAGUGGGCAUCCACCGGUCAUCAUGGUCAAGAGGGGUCACUGCCAUGCAGGACUGUCUCACCCAGAGAGUCGGCGCUUCAAGUUCAACUUCAUCGCAGACGUGGUGGACAAGAUCAUCCCAGCGGUGGUGCAUCUGGAGCUUUUUCAGAGGGAGGCGACGUCCGGCGAAGACGUUUCAGUGUCCAGUGGUUCGGGGUUCAUCGUGUCGGAAGACGGCUGGAUCGUCACCAACGCACACGUUCUUGCCAACAAGCAUCGGAUCAAAGUGGAGCUGAGGGGUGGCACUCAGUACGAGGCCACUGUCAAGGACGUCGACCAGUUGACAGACAUCGCACUCAUCAAGAUAGAAGCAGACUAUCUGCUUCCUGUCCUCCCCCUGGGUCAGUCCUCUGACCUGCGUCCAGGAGAGUUUGUGGUAGCGAUAGGAAGCCCAUUCAGCCUGCAGAACACAAUCACAACAGGCAUCAUCAGCACUGUCCAGAGGAGAGGCCAGGAGCUGGGGCUGAAGGACUCAGACAUGGACUACAUUCAGACCGACGCCCACAUAAAUUACGGGAACUCUGGAGGACCUCUCGUCAACCUGGAUGGGGAUGUGAUCGGAAUGAACACUCUGAAAGUAGCAGCAGGAAUCUCUUUCGCAAUCCCUGCCAACAGGAUCCGUCAGUUCCUCAGCGAAUCCUACAGCAGACGAGUCAGUGGUUUAAAGGAGCAGAAGAAGAGAUAUAUAGGCGUGCGGAUGCUGCAGCUCACACCCUCUGUGAUUCAGGACCUGAAAGGACGCUCCAGUGAAUUCCCAGAUGUGAGUGCAGGGGUCUACGUUUACGAGGUCGUACCUGGAGCAGCUGCUUCUCUCGGUGGAAUCAUCAACCAUGACGUCAUCAUCAGCAUCAACGGUCGGCCAGUGUCCACCACUCAGGAAGUGAGCGAAGCCGUCCAGAGGGGCGGCGCCCUCACUGUCGUAGUCAGAAGGAAACAGACAGCGAUCACAUUGAUGAUCACUCCUGAGUAG